AUGGACGGCCUGGCUCUCGAUCUGAGCCACCGCCAUGAUCCCGCCGACUCUACCGUACACUGCUGCUGCGGCCGACCAGACUGCGCAGUACUCAAGAAGAACACCUCCGUCCUCGACACCGUGGAGAAAGAUGUGCAGACAGCUGCUCAGCUCGGCAAGGCCCUGUUGGCAAGGCAUGAAGCCUACAUGGCCGAUGCCGAGCGCGACCGCCUUGAACUGACCACCCGCAUUGAACGUCUGGAAAUGGACAAGUUGGAGCUAGAGGCCGAGAAUGCCAACAAGAUCGACGAAAACCGCCAGCUCCUUGACCAGCUCGAGCUUCUCAACAACACCAUCUCCGAGUCGGAUACGAAGAUCAAGAGCCUCGAGGCCAGCCUUCUCUCUUCACAACAGGCCGUGCGCCGGUUAGAAAGCGCUGCUAUCCGGGCUGAAGAUGCCGAGCGGCACUUGAUGGCCUUGGAGGAGGAGCAGGAGCAGCUCUAUGCAGAGCUUCGCACAACUAGGGAGGAUGCUCGCACACACUCUCAGAGAUUCAAAGAAGCCCAGCGGGGAAUCGUCGACAUGCAGGACCAGUUGGAGCGCAUGGAAAAGGAAGCAGAGCAGGAGCGAGAGCGCCAUGUUCAAGUCAUUGGUCGGAUGGAGCGCCAGCGUGAGGUCGAGAAGCAGCUUGACACUGCUGCCGGCCGCCUCAAGGGCGCGGCGGCUGCGACAAAGUCUUUGGCCAGCCAAAAGGAAGGCGGUAAGGUCGUCGGCCAUUUCGUGCGUGACCUUCUUCAGGACAAUGCGAACCUACAGCUCGGUAUUGCCGAACUGAGAGAGAUGCUGAUGAACUCAAACGACGAGAUCCAGUCAUUGCGCGACCAACUAACCUACCACCAACCAAUAUCUGAAGACAGGCCCAGGAACAUGGCGAAUCUCAUGGCAGAGCUGGAGCCUAAAGAGUCGCGGCGCCUUUCCCAGGAAUAUCAUAUCCACCACCAUUAUCAUGUUACACCUAAACAAAAAAACAAAAAGAAGCGAUCAAGUCUGGGCGCCGGGAUAUUCUCUCCACCAAUCCCUUCUUCAGCCGCUGCAUCAACAUGCUCGGGUCCUGCGGGUUUAUCGUCUCCAACCACGCCUGCUAUUCUUGCCUACCUCGAGAGAGAGCGUGCUUCAACACCACAAGCCGAAAAGGCUGGCUGGACGAACAAUGUAGCUGCGGCACCAGAGAUCUCUACGGCUUCGAUGCCUAGUUCUCCCCGUUCCAACCGCGUGAGCUCCUUGUUUGAUGGCGGCAUUGCCGAUUUCAACUCGCCAGCGUCACCCACAACAAGCUUUGACCCCAUGUCACCUACCUGGCGGGCGUCACAUCAUAAACGAGCGUCUGUAGCCUCGUUCCAGAGCUUUCAGACAAUCCCCCAACUUGACAUCGGAGGCGACGCAAUUGGUCCAGGCCAGCUCAACUAUCUCGAGAAUGUCAUCCAAGAGGUAGAUGAAGAUGUCAACCAUGACGAUCUUGCGCCUGGAUUAGUCGGAAACACCACCUCGACCGACGACUCCACAACAGAAGUCUCCGAGAUCUCUCGGGACGAUGCUCUACCACACCCAAGGCUCUAUAGAGCACACUCCCACGAGUCCAUCAUGUCUUUGACUGGCGGGCUUGAUGUUCACACCCUGAAGUCACGACCAAGCCAGAUGACUCUUCGUCCUCUCGGCGGCCUGGAGGCUGUGGUGACUGGCGUUAUCGCGCAGCCUACUCUUUCCCGAGCGUCAGUAAAACGAAGCGACGCCGCGCUGCGAAACCACUUCACUGGAUUCCAAUCCCCUCGAGCAGUAUCUGGCCCUGUCAUGAACAACACGCCCGGCUCAUCUCCGGUAUCCCCGGGGAUUUUAAGUGCCGGAAUCAACAAGUUGACUGGCUGGAGACCAUGGGGAGGCGGCGGAUCCAGCAAUGGGAGGACUCUGGACGUUCCCAGCCCCACGCUAACUAUCAAGGAAAAGAAAGUAUCCAGUCGAUCGCCUGGAAUCAAUCAGGCCGGUGCCAUCCCUGGAUUCCAGGAAUACUGGGUUUCAAAACAGCGCAAAGGGGCACCGGCUACGGUAAAUGCCCAAACCGUCGACCAGGGAGCUCUCGAUGAGGGACUUGAAGAAGUCGAAACAGAUGCUCAAAGCCAGAGCACAGUCAAGCCGGAACUCUAG